AUGCUGCGAAAUUAUUUUACAAAUUCAAGGUUUCAGAAAUAUUUACCAGAUUGGAUUGUGGUGGGUGUUUUAAUAUUAAUAUUCUUUGGUUAUACAGAAUCAUUACAUCCAUUUUAUAGACAAUUUUCAAUUAAUGAUCCAAAAAUUUCAUAUCCAUUUGCUAGGGUUGAACAAGUUACCGAUAAUCAAUUAUAUUUAUAUUCAACUAUAAUACCUACUAUAAUAAUUACAAUUGUUGUUAGUUUAAAUAAUUUGAAUCAUAAUGAUAAGUUACAUUUAUUACAAAUUAGUUUAUUAGGUUUAUGGUUUAGUGUUUGUUCUGUUUCAGUAUUGACUGAUUUACUAAGAGUUGCAAUUGGAAAUCCAAGGCCAGAUUUUUUACAAAGAUGUGGUCCAAAAGAAGGAACUCCUAUAAAUCAAUUAGUUGAUGUUUCAAUUUGUACUGCUCCAUUAGGUCAAAUUUAUUUAAUGGAUGGUAUGAAAUCUACACCGUCGGGCCAUUCUUCAAUGUCAUUUGCAGGUUUAUUGUAUUUAACAAUUUGGUUAAUUGGUCAAUUUAAAAUCAUACAAACAUAUAAUAGACAUAAUAAGAUAAUCUACAUUAUAUUUGUUAAUUUACCAAUUUUGUUAGCUUGUUAUAUUGCAUUUAGUAGAACGCAAGAUUAUCGUCAUCAUUUUUUUGAUAUAUUGUUUGGUAGUUGUUUAGGUAUAUUAUUUGCAACUAUAAGUUACUUCAAGUAUUUCAAUAGCUUAUUGAAAGAAAAUAGUAAUGAACCAAUAGAGUACAAUUAG